AUGGACAAACCUGAGUGGUCUGAUUACCUGAACAACUCGUCGAUUUUACUGCAAAUCGCUUCUCAUAGAGUCUUUUCUCUCUCCCACUACUUUCUUCGUGUAACUGUCCCUUCUUCAUGUUCUAACAAAGGGUGGCUGAUCAGAACCAGACAAGUCUCUGAAUCAAGUAAGACUAGUCUCUUGUGGACCAAAUCUCCUUUGGGGUUUCUGUCUUUAAGCUGGUGGGAACAGUAUGGUUUACUGUCCUUAAGGGGAAUCAAAGAACGGAGACAUGACUAUUUCAGCUGGUUGAGAGUUACUCAAGUUCUCUCCACUGCCAUCAUCUUAGGUUUACUCUGGUGGCAAUCAGACAUUCAUCAUCCCAAAGGCCUACAAGAUCAGGUAGGGCUACUCUUCUUCACCGUAUUCUGGGGAUUCUUUCCGGUAUUCACGGCGAUCUUCACUUUUCCUCAUGUGAGAGCAAUGCUGAGCAAGGAACGAGAGUCAAAUAUGUAUAGAUUAAGUGCAUAUUUUGUGGCUAGAACCACAAGCGACCUGCUACUUGACUUGAUAUUACCUGUGCUUUUCCUAGUUGUUGUAUAUUUCAUGGCUGGAUUGAGAUUAAGUGCUGAAUCCUUUUUCCUAAGUGUUCUCACGGUCUUCCUAUGCAUCGUUGCAGCUCAGCUGGGACUUGGAUUAGAAAUAGGGGCGAGCUUAAUGGAUCUGAAGAAGGCCACAACUUUAGCAUCAGUAAGAGUAAUGACUUUCAUGCUCGCUGGUGGCUAUUUCGUGAAGCGAGUAAAGUUCCAAAUCGCUUGGAUAUGUUUCAUGUCAUUCAACUACCACACAUACAAGCUCCUAGUGAAGGUACAAUAUCAAGAAAUCAUGGAAAACGUAAACGGGGAAGAAAUUGAGAGUGGGAUUAAGGAAGUGAGCGCUCUUGUAGCUAUGGUUAUAGGCUACCGUCUCUUAGCCUACCUCUCUCUUCGAAGGAUGAAGCUCCACUCUUCGACUUAAGUUUAGCUACAAAAAGGCAUUGCAUUUACUGUGUGUAUGUAGCG